UUUGUGUAUUUAAAUUUGUAAAUGUUUCACAAAUUAGAAUACUACUGAAUGCUUAAGUAAAAUUAUUUUUCAAUAAACAAUGUUAUCAUCACAUGCUACAUGAAAAUAGAUAUAUACCUACCAAACAUAAUAUAAGAGUGCAAAAAUAAAAUGCCGCUCACUAAAAUUUUUCUGCCUUUUUCCCCUAUUAACGAUGAAGUUUUCUUUAGAGGAUACUUAAUUAAAAAACAGGGAAAUACACUCAUAUACAUUACUGAGUAUUCUAAUAUACAGGCAGAUAUUGAAAACAAAUUUAAAAUGAAUGGCGAUACUGUUAUUGGUUAUUGUAGCAGCGAACCUUACAUUCCAAAAUAUGUAAACAUUGUACCUAAAAACAUUAUUCUCAUGCAGCGAUGUGAUAAACCGAAAAUAAGUGAAUUGAUUAUAGACGGUGAAAAGAUGUUAAAUCGUCAAGUAAUAAUGGUAGUCUAUGAUAAAGACAAAUUUAUAAAUUCAGAAAUACUCAAUAUUUCCUGCAAUGAAUUACUGAUGUUGCGAGAACUAUUAAAAAAAGAUUGUAAUGUGCCAACAACAUCAGAGUACAAUCCAGUUCUAAACGCUCCAUCUAUAAUAUCAUCAUCUAUGUUUAUCCAACAUUGCUAUAACCAGUUAAAUUUAUUGUUCUGGUUAAAGCAUAGCAUACAAAGAGGAGAGAAAAUAUCUAUAAAACAAGGAAAUUGGAUUCUAGCUCUUAUUGUUGAUAUAAUUUUAGGCUAUUACGUCUUGGAUAUACUGUUAUUUGAUAGAAAUGAAAUUGGAGUUUUAUUACUAGGGAUAUUAGAGAAAUUGGUAAACUCUAUGUAUUCACUUCUUAAAUGGCUUAUGGGAGCACCUGCAGGGUUAAAAUUAAACAAUGCAUUCAAUAAAAUGCUGGGUAAAUACUUCUCUUAUCAUGUGGAGUUAUGGUGGCUUUUUCUAGAUGUUUCAGGGGAACGAUUAGACUUCAUACUGCAUAUUUAUCAAUACUUGGGAUAUUUUGGACUUACCUUCCAAGCUGCUAUCAUUUCUGACAUGUUGUGCAUCACUACCUUCCACUCAUAUUGCAUUUAUGUAUAUGCUGCUAGAUUAUUCAACAUACAGAUAUCUGGUUUGAUUGCUUUGUUGAGAUUAUUUGUGGGAAGGAAAUACAAUCCACUGAGAGGAACUAUUGAUUCCUGUGAAUACACAAAUCAAGAAUUGUUUGUGGGAACAGUUGCAUUUACUAUAUUACUGCUUCUACUGCCAACAACACUUAUGUAUUACAUUGUUUUUACUAUGUUUCGCGUCUUAUCAUUAUUUGUGCAGUAUGUGUUAGCAAAACUGAUACAUUUGAUGCAAACUUUACCAUUUUAUGUAAUUACGCUAUGGAUGACGAGAUCGCCAAAAUUGGCAGGAAACAUUUUCAUUGAAGAAAUAACUAUUAAUAUAAGGUGUCACCUAUUGCUCAAAAUGAGACUAUUCAAUAAACCUUUGAAGGAGCUAAUGAAAACUUUUAAGCCGCCUAUCUCAAUGCCAAAGAAUGUGGAUUGGAAGCAUAUUGUUUCCAGUGUAUUUACAGGAAAGCAGAUAAUAUAAGAAAGACGUUUAAUUCUCUAUUGGAUAAGAGUUUUAUAUGUGACUCACAUAACUUAUACUGAUGUUUUAUUAAAUAUGAUAAGUAUUAUUACUUCAUCAAGACUUGUUAAUUAUUUAUGGGAUUUAUAAUAUAUUAGACAAAGUACUUGUAAAUAAUUGUAAAUAAAAAACAUUUUCUUUUUA